UUAGUUUCAGUUUCCGGUGUAGGAUGCGGUGUUUCUCCACGAUUGGCCGGAUCGAUGAUGUGUCAAAACAUUUUAUAAGUUAUAGCCGGAUUUUUGUCCACAAUUUAAUUGUAAAAAGGUAUUGUAACUAUUGAGUGCUAAAAUCAAUUAAUUGGAAUCAACUGUAGCGUGGGAUUCAAGGAUCCGUACCUUUGUUAACAGUAAAGUGUAUUUUUAUCGUAAGAUGUGCUUAUCGGCAGCCUAAACUGAAUUCAAUUUUUCGUGGUAGAUUUGAAGUAGGAUUAAUAAUGAUCGUAAUAUCACUACUGCUGGGACUAUUGCUAGUCUCACAAUCUGUGUCAGCCAACUCGAAAAGCCAUCCUGUGACCACACAGUUGUCUGCAAAAUGGGGCAUGACGCCAAUCCAGCUGGAAAUAGCGGAAUUCAUUGAAGAGGAAAAUGUGAACUUGUUCUGGGAUUAUGUUGAACUGUUGAACAAAAUUCCCGGUAGUCUUUAUCAUUAUGACACCGACGAAAAGAGAUAUAGUAAGGCGAUAACGUUAGCUGAGAAUUUGCUCGGAAUCGGUCAAACGCGCUUACUGAAACUGUCGCUAUCGUUACACAGCUUUUCGACAAAAGUCCAGGCACAUUUGCAAGUUGCGCACGAGAUUCUAAAGCAAGGUGAUUGUGAUUCAACAGCAUUCGUGAGCAUCGGUGGUAAACUGGCAUGUGAUGUGGAUGAACUAUAUAGCGUUUUGAAAUCAAUUGAUGCCGAUCCGAAAAAUGUCGAAACAUUUAGCUUGGACCAUGUUUUUCCUGGUUCAGAAAAUAAUUCUUUGACUGCAAUACUGUACGCAGAAAUUGGAACCAAAGAAUUUAAAGUGUUUAAUGAUAUUCUAAAAACGGAAGCAGAAACGGGGAACAUCCGCUAUGUGUUGCGACAUUUCGUUAAACAAUCACAAAGCAGUAAAUUGCGUUUGUCUGGUUAUGGAGUUGAACUUCAUUUAAAAUCUACCGAGUACAAAAGUCAAGACGAUUCCCCUCAACAACAAGAUCACGACUCAAAUCUAAACGAUGAAAAUUUGGAGUCUGAAGUGGAAGGGUUUGAUUUCAUCAAACUCAAGGAACGUUUUGGGCAUCUUUCACAUUCACUCGAUCGUUAUCGCAACGCGCUUUUAGAAAAACACGAAGAAAUCGCUCCUUUGAAAGCAUGGGAAUUUCAAGAACUAGGAUUGCAAGCGUCACAAAAGAUAGCUCAAAUCCAAGGAGAAGAGGCGUUGCAGAUUUUGCAAUUUGUUUCCCAAAAUUUCCCUACACAGGCAAAAUCUUUGUUGGUGCAGACUGUUUCGGAGGACUUUAAGAAAGAAAUGAGGCAUAACAUAGAAGUAUUUGGACGUAAUCUUAACCUGCAACCACCUGAUUCUGCACUUUUCCUUAAUGGGUUAUUUUUCGAUGGGGAAACAAUCGACACUAUAACAUUGUUGGAUACAUUGAGAUCAGAGAUGCGGGUGCUGGAAGGCCUCAAUAAAAUCAAUAUUCGAGGUAAAACUGCUGCCCCGCUUCUAGCAUUGGAUUUGGCUUCUACUUCGAAAGAGUUUGCUAUCGAUAUUCGAGAUUCGGCCAUCACGUGGGUCAACGAUCUAGAAAACGAUGCACAAUACCGUAGAUGGCCGGGUAGUGUGAUGGACCUGCUUCGUCCGACAUUCCCAGGGAUGUUGAGAAAUAUUCGCAAAAAUUUGUUCAAUCUCGUUUUGGUAAUUGAUCCAAUCUCAAGUGAAACCCCUGGUCGAGAUAUAGUCAAACUUGCAGAAAGUUUCGUGGUACAUUCGGCUCCAGUGCGUGUUGGGUUAGUAUUCGAAUCCAAAUCCAAGUCAACAGCAGAUGCUGAUUACCGCGGAAUUGUUUGUGCUUUCAACUACGUUUACCAAAAGAAAGGAUCUCAAGAUGCUUUGGGAUAUUUAACAGAUCUAUUUGCGUCAGUACCAAACCGUGAUAUUACGCUUGACGAUAUAAAAAAACAACUGAAGAAAACGUUUUCAAAGCUCAAAUCCGAUGAGGUGAAUGAUAUAGUAGGAGAAGAUUCUGAUUUCGAUUAUGGGCGUCACCUAUCUCAGGAGUUCGUCAAUAGGAUUGGGCUCAAAAACACACCGCAAGCCCUCCUUAACGGUGUUUUGUUACCUCAGAGCACUCUCAAUUCGGAUGACUUCGAGGAAACAAUAUUAACCGAAAUUAUGCAGCAAACUCCAACCAUUCAGAAGGCCGUUUACAAAGGAGAAUUGAAUGAUGGUGGUCCUGUAAUAGAUUUCCUGAUGGAACAGCCUCACGUUAUGCCUCGGCUUAAUCAAAGAAUUCUUUCCUCUGAAGAUCCGAUAUUUUUGGAUGUAUCUGGUAAUCCCCAUCCAGAUUUAGAGGAUGUGACGGCUUUGGCGCAAUUAGCCAAUUCUGAUCUUACCGCCACAUUGAUGAAGCAUCUUAAAUAUCUAGGUGGGAAGUCCACAUACCAAAAGUUUAUGGGUCAUCGUGUACAUUUUCUAACUGUGUGGGUUGUGGCAGAUCUUGAAACACCGAAUGGUUUUCAACUACUGAACAAUGCUCUUCGUUUCAUGAAAUCCACCAGUGGCACGCGAGUGGCUUUCAUUCCGAAUGUGGAUGGUUCGAAAGCAGCCCAAUCGGAUCUGAAAAAAAAUCUGAACGGUUUAGUUUGGGCUGCUAUAAAUACGUUGUCUACGGAAGACGCAACCGAAAUGGUGAUAAAUCUGUUGAAACUGCACCAAAAUCAACAACAGUUCAAUGUGCCUGAAUCGGUGGUAGGAUUCUUACCGGCUGCACAGGUGCAUUUGAAGAUGUUACGGGUGUAUAAUCAACGAGUGCUAAAAAUGAGAGCAUCUGUUAAUGGAAUAGUGGCGAAUGGACGUUUAUUGGGUCCUUUUGAGAUUGACGAAUUGUUCGAUACAGAAGAUUUCAAUUUAUUGGAAAGAUUCAGCGGACUCCAUUACACAGAUAGAAUAAGAACAGCUCUGAAGGAUAGUGUUACCGAUAACGAUGAUGUAGUUGUUUCGAGUGAUACAAUUUUCAAACUUGUUUCCAUUUUGGUUCCAAGACAACAAUCCAAAUCCCGGUACACCAUGCCAAACGAUGUUCAGGAAAAUUAUACAGUUGUGAAGCUUCCUCCUAAAUCAAAUGACUUGCCACACUUUGAAGUUGUUGCUGUAUUGGACCCGGCAUCUAAAGGUGCCCAGAAACUAUCGUCUCUACUUGUCCUCUUACGUAAUGUCAUCAACUGCAAUAUGCGCCUGUUUCUGUGUGCUGUAGACAAACACAGUGACAUGCCUGUUAAGACAUUCUAUCGAUUCGUGGUGGAACCGGAGUUGAAAUUUUCCUCCGAAGGGAAGUUAGCAGCAGGACCAUACGCUAAGUUUUCGGGUUUACCAGCAAAUACUUUACUGACUCAAAGUUUGAAUGCUCCGGAAAAUUGGUUGGUAGAAGUUGUGCGCUCAGUCUACGAUCUUGACAACAUAAAACUGUCGGAAAUCAACGGACCGGUUCACAGUGAAUACGAAUUAGAAUAUCUUCUUCUCGAAGGUCACUGUUUUGAUACCACGACGGGAUCUCCUCCCCGUGGCUUGCAAAUCACUCUAGGAACUGAGGAGCAACCAAUCAUCGUGGAUACCAUUGUUAUGGCCAAUCUGGGAUAUUUUCAACUAAAAGCCAAUCCAGGUGCAUGGAUUCUCAAGUUACGCCAUGGUAAAAGUGCCGAUAUAUAUGACAUCACCAAUGCCGAUGGCCCAAAUACAAUUCAUUCAGUUGACGGAACACAAGUAAUCAUAAGUUCGCUUAAAUCACAUGUUCUGAAAUUAAGAGUAACCAAAAAACCUGGCAAAGCAAAUGCCGACUUACUUGGCGAAGAAAAAGAUACAACCGGAGGCAUAUGGGACUCAAUCAGUUCCAUAGUAGGAUCAUCCGAAGGGCAAGAUCAAGAUGUGCUCAAUAUUUUUUCUGUUGCAUCUGGGCAUUUGUAUGAACGUCUUUUGCGAAUAAUGAUGUUAUCCCUAUUAAAGCAUACGAAAACUCCAGUCAAGUUCUGGUUUUUGAAGAACUAUCUCUCCCCGCAAUUUAUAGAUUUUCUGCCCCAUAUGUCGCAAGAGUAUAAUUUCCAAUACGAGUUGGUGCAAUAUAAAUGGCCCCGUUGGCUUCACCAACAAACAGAGAAACAACGUGUUAUUUGGGGCUACAAAAUACUGUUCCUAGACGUUUUGUUUCCAUUGGACGUAAAGAAAAUUAUUUUUGUAGAUGCCGAUCAAAUAGUACGGGCAGAUAUGAAAGAACUCAAUGAUUUCGAUUUAGGAGGUGCUCCAUACGGAUACACGCCAUUCUGUGAUUCACGCAAGGAAAUGGAAGGAUUCCGUUUCUGGAAACAGGGCUACUGGAAGAAUCAUUUGCAGGGCCGUCGCUAUCACAUCUCGGCUCUCUAUGUAGUAGAUUUGAAACGGUUCAGAAAGAUUGCUGCUGGAGAUCGUAUUCGUGGUCAGUAUCAAGCACUCAGUCAGGAUCCAAACAGUUUGUCCAACUUAGAUCAGGAUUUGCCGAAUAACAUGAUCCAUCAGGUAGCCAUCAAAUCGCUCCCACAAGAAUGGCUCUGGUGUGAGACAUGGUGUAGCAGCGAAACGCUACAAUACGCUAAAACAAUUGACCUGUGUAACAAUCCCCAAACCAAAGAAGCCAAGCUUACCGCGGCCCAGCGAAUUGUCCCAGAAUGGAAGGAUUAUGAUCAGGAAAUUAAACGGCUACAAGCUCAAAUUGAUGAAUUGGAACACCAUGAAGAAAGUCAAUUAGAACAUUCCGAAGACAAAGAAAACGCGCAGAAGAACAAUCCGCAUACAGAACUGUAGAAGAAUUUUAUUAUCAGAAAGUUCGUUUUUCAAUACAUUUCAUCAUCGCUGUGAUCAUAUUGUCGUCACAAAAUGUGGGUCGCGAAUGAACCAAUACUGUACAGCAAUUUCAACCAGAUAAUUGUGUGUGCGCGUGUGGCAUCUCAUACAUUAAGACUGUGUUUAUGUAGAUAAUUUUCUGUUGAAAAAAGAAGUGCUCAUACCAUACCAUGAAUAGUGCAGGUACGAUAAGCAAAGAAAAAAAAAUUAUCUAAGUUGCAGUGCGCUAAUAAAUACAAUUAGAAAAUAA